UGUGAGCAAUAAUCUUGUUUCAAUUCGACCCAAGAAAAUGGAUCAAUCAGAAAAUAUUCCCUCUUGCAAUCAGAAACCUACUCGUUUGACAAGAGAUCAAGAGCAUGUGAUAAUGGUCUCUGCUCUGCGACAAGUGAUAUCCAACGACCGAGGUGACACGUCAUCAUCGAACUCGGUUGCAUUUGAAGCUCUUCAUCAACCUUUGGACGCUGGUCCUUGUCCUCUCUGCAGUAUUACAGGUUGCUACGGCUGCGCAUUCCCAGUGCAUGAAGAGAUAGAGAAGGAGAAGGAGAAGAAGCACAAAGGUGUGAGGCAAAAGCCAUCAGGUAAAUGGUGUGCGGAGAUAUGGGAUCCGAGUUUGCAUAGGCGGAGAUGGCUUGGAACGUUUCCAACAGCUAAAAUGGCAGCAAAGGCUUACGAUGAUGCGGCGGCUGAUCUUGUCCAAAGAAAGGCAACAAGAAGAUGUGGCUCAAUGAACGGAGAGGAACCAACCACGACGACUGUGGAAGAAGAUGAAGGAGAAAUUUUUGGUCCUGUCUCAAAGUAAACAUGCAGUGGAAUUAUAAUAUACAAAAACGUCAUACAUCAUUUAUUUCAUGAUCAGAUUUUAUUUACAUGUGUUAAAUUUUAGCUCUAUAACUAAAUUUGUGUGUUUUUUCUAUUUUUUCAUAUUGUUUAACGUGUUUUAAUUGUUGCAUGAGAUUAAAAUUGGUUUGUAUUGUUUGGAAUCAUUAUUUGUAAUAAGAUA